AUGAAUAUCAUUACACGUGAUACACCAGAUGGUUUAUUACUUGAAUUAUUAAUUAAUAAUUCAAAAUAUUUUGAUCAACGUGGUUAUGAAUCAACUGUUAAUCGUUCAUUAUUAUGGGGUGAUCUUGAAAUAAAAACUGAUCCAAUAACAUCAAUUGAAUAUAUUGAAUAUAAACGAACACCACCUAUAUCAACAAAUAAAGAUUCAACAACAAAUGACAUACCAAUAACUAAUUUACGUGCUUAUGCAAUAUCAUCACAUCCAAAUGAAUGUCCAGUUGUUGCAUUACGUCUUUUAUCAUAUCAUCGUCCACCACAAUGUUCAAAUGCUGAUGCACCAUUUUAUCUUGUACCACGUACAUCAGCUGAUCAACGUGUUUGGUAUAAAACAAUACGUGCUGGUCGUCAUCGACUUGAUUUAUUACUUCAACAAGCUAUGCAAAAAGCUGGUAUUAAUGGAAAAUUUUCGUGUAUGAGUUUAAGAAAAGGAAAAAUCAAAGGUUUACUUAUUCCAACAACGUCUUCAAAUGUUACUUCCAUAACAAAUUUAGAUAACUCAUCAACAUCAACAUCACCAUCAACAAAUGACGAAAAAUCAAAAAUCAAUGCAAUAUCACCAUUAUCAAUAACAGAACAACAACAACAAUUAUCAUCAACACUGAAUAAUCAUAAACGAACAACAAGUUCAACAUCAAAUUCUAAUUGUUCAGAAUUACUUGAUUUAUCAUCUCACAAUAACAAUAAUAAUAAUAAUAAUAAUAAUAACAAUGGUGUAAUUAAUUUAGCAAAAAAAAUAAAACGAGAAUCAACACCACCAUCACUUUUAUUA